AGCAUUCUACUUCCCGUUCAGUCGGUUUCCAGUCAGUGUCGCCUGCUUCUGCCUGCACCAACAUGGCCGCCAGGAUUUACCUCCAGAGCGACUGGGCUCACAGCUUGAGGAAGGUGGAAGGAGAGGCGUGGGUGUCGUGUAAGAUCCCAGGGAAGCCCACGGUCUACGGCACCCUGAAGUGUGGAGGGAUCGGCCCAGGUGGGAUCCCGGAAAUUACAUCUUCGGAGGAGUUUUCGGUCCUUGAAGUCACUAAGAAGAGUCUCCUCAUCUCCUGUCCGGCCGAGAACAUCUCCAGUAAAUUUCUGGCUCCUUACACCAGCUUCUCAAGAGUCCACCAGAAAAGUGUCACAUGUCUUGAUCUUUCCUGUGGGGGGGGACUCGGCGUCUCCACCAGUACAGAUGGCUCGAUGAAGAUCUGGCAGACCAAUAAUGGAGAGACACGAAGAGUCCUAGAAGGUCACGUCUAUGACGUCAAUUGCUGCAUGUUCUUCCCCUCUGGUAUGGUGGUCCUAAGUGGCGGCAUGGACGCACAGGUGAAGAUCUGGUCUGUGGAGGAUGCCAGCUGCCCGGUCACCUUUAAAGGACAUAAAGCAGGUAUCCUGGAUUUGGCCGUGGUCGAUCGGGGAAGAAACGUUGCGUCCUGUUCCAGAGACGGUACGGCCAGAUUAUGGGACUGCGGUAAAUCCACGUGCCUUGCUGUGGUAGCGGACUGCGGAGCCGCCAUUAACGGGAUCUCCAUCGGUGUUGCUGAUAACACCAUAGACCUGGGAACUCCAGAAACGCCCCCGAGUGACCGGGAAAUAGGAACUGAAGGAAAGUUACUGCUGCUGGCGAGAGAGGAUAAGAAGCUGGAGGGCGUGAGUCUGCAGAGCCGCCAAUCCGUCUUCACCUUUGACGGCGCCGAUGCCUUUAAUUGCUGCACUUUCCUCUCCGGUGUGAACAUCUUAGGAGGGAGUCAGGACGGUAACAUCUACCAGCUGGACCUCAGGAACACAAAAGUCCCUGUGCAGGUCGUGUCCAAGUCAGGGGCACCGGUUCUAUCGCUGGCGCCGUUCAGGGAAGGUUUUAUCGCCAGUCAAGGGGACGGGACGUGCUUCAUCCUCCAGCAGGAUCUAGAUCAUGUUCUGGAGCUGACGGAACCAGACUGUGACCCCGUGUACAAGGUCGCAGUCUCUGAGAAGUUUGCCUAUACUUGCUGCAGGGAUGGGAUUAUCCGCAAAUACCAGCUGGCUGAUCUCUGAUGAGCGUGUACUGGGAGCACUGGUCAGUCGGACCUGUGGACAUUGAGAGAGUGAAAUGGCUUAUUGGAUGCAGUCGGAGUGCUGCUUUAUGUUAUCAGAGCCGCGGACACAUCGCUCGGCCUGGGCGCUGUCUUCAGAGGGGUGUUCCCACAUUAUAAUACCGCCAGAUUGUGCCAUCGCUGUAUGGUCUGUGGAGGGCCAGCCUCUUGGCCUCCCACUGUUUGAGUGUGGAGGGGUCACAAAGCUGGUUUAGCAGUGCAUCCCAUCUAAGGUAUAUCCUCAUUGAACUGACACACUGUGACAAAUCUGCAGCUCGUUACCGUGCCAGCAAAGUGGAUGAGAUCUUAAAUCAUUGACCUGCGGUGCGGAAUGCAGCGCACAGAAUUUGCUUUUCAGAUGUGGAACGUUUAUCUCUGUUUUCUGUCAUUGAAUAGAAACAUUUAUGAGGGCCGUUAGUUCUCACAGCUGAGGAUUUGUUACAGUUGUAUCCGGUGUAGACAAUCUUCUGUAAGGGAAACACGUCAGCUUCGGAAAUCUUGUGUCCUGAUAGUUUGUUACAAUGUGUCAGUAAAACAUAUUCUGGAGUCCGGACUAUUUAUAUCGUUAAGGAUUGAAUAGACUGGAUACAACUGCAACAACCCCUCAGCUGUGAGAAGUGUUAGGUCUUUUACCGGCUUUUCAACCUCUGUAGGUGAACAGGAAUGUUCUUAUUCAAUGGCAGCAAGCAGAGAUUUUGAAAAUGGUGAGGAAUUGAAGCACAAUGUCAGAAAGCUGUGGAACUUGCUAUUGCACAAUUAUUGAUUCCGCUCAUAAAUUUUCACUUUAGCCGCCGCUUUGUCACAUGACCGGACGUCUCCGCCGGAGCCGAGAAAUCUCUGGGAUGGGAGAAAAUUCCAAAAUUUGGGAAUGUUAAUUUUGUAUGUAUAUAAACAAAAAGAGUUAAAUAUUCAAUUUCUGGCAAUAAAAAAUGUAUGUUCUCUA